AUGGCUCAGGUUGCGACAGUCAACUUCGGCAAUGAGCUCAAGGACGGCUACAAGCCGGUCGACAAUUGGGUCAACCUGGGCAUUACAUGGCUCACCGAAAUCCAAGAAUUCUACCAAGAACGUUCCGCUAUAGAGAAGGAAUACAGCCAGAAGUUGACCGCUCUGGCAAAGAAAUACUAUGACAAGAAAUCGAGAAAGUCCAGCAACCUGAGCGUCGGCGACAACCCCGCCCUGACUCCGGGUUCUUUAGAAUCCGCCUCUCUCACAACAUGGACGACUCAUUUGUCUACGCUUGAGGCACGAGCGAAUGAACAUGCGAAAUUCUCCAAAGAUCUCAUAAGUCAAGUCGCAACCCCGCUGGAGUAUACCGCUACGAAACUUGAGGAGUUGAGAAAGAGCCAUGCAGAAUAUAAUGCCAAACUUGUCAAAGAGAGAGAUUCAUCUUAUGGCGAUCUAAAAAAGUUGAAACAGAGAUACGAUGCUGUGUGUCAAGAGGUCGAGAACCGAAGAAAAAAGGCUGAAUCGUCCAUGGACAAAAGCAAGGCACAAAGCACGUACAACCAACAAUUGAUGGAAAUGAACAAUGUCAAGAACACGUACCUGAUUGGCAUCAGUGUCGCGAAUAAGAUGAAGGAAUGCUACUACCACGAAUACGUCCCGGAACUGCUCGAUUCCUUGCAGGACCUGAACGAGACUCGUGUCUCGAAACUGAACUCGAUAUGGCUAGUCGCCGCGGCCCUCGAGACCAAUACGCUCAAGAGAAGCACCGAGCUCAUGACCCGUCUCUCAAACGAGAUUCCCCGAAACAACCCAAGCCUCGACAGCAAUAUGUUUGUGCGGCACAAUGCUGUGCAAUGGCAGGAGCCUCCUGACAUGGUCUUUGAACCGUCUCCAGUGUGGUUGGAUCAGGAUCACAUGAUGACCGAUGAAGCCUCCAAAGUUUUCCUGCGCAACAUCCUGCUGAAGAGCAAGCCGCUCAUCAACCAACUCAAGGCAGAAUCGGCUCAAAAAAGGCGAGAGCUGGAAAAUGUUAAACAGGCGCGGCGAGAACGCAAGGACAAGCGGGACGAAGUAGAUUCAGUGCGGUCGCAAUUCGCCUUGCAGGAGGAGCUGCAUGCCGUUGAGCGAAAACGACUGACGGCAGAAGUGGAGACGUCGAUAAUCACCUCAGUCGCGGGCGAUCUUAGCAUGUAUGGCAAGAGCCACAACUUCAAAUCCGAGACCUUCAAAAUCCCUACCAAUUGUGAUCUAUGUGGUGAUCGCAUCUGGGGCCUGAGUGCCAAAGGCUUCAUAUGUACUGAUUGCGGCUUUACUUGUCACAGCAAGUGCCAGAUGAAAGUGCCUGCGGACUGUCCUGGAGAACAGACGAAGGAAGAGAAGAAGAAGUUGAAAGCGGAACGACAAGCGGCAGCCCUGAUGGCAGUGGAAGCCCCGCCGCCUGCCUCGAACGGUGCUACGUCUCCUCCUCCCUUGGUGAGACACGAUACGAUGAGCAGUCUGUCAUCUGGCUACGCGGCUAGUGCCACCAGGUCGUUGUCUGGCGGUGUUCCGAGGCUGUCAGCAAUGGACGAUUCAGCCACCACCUCUCCACUAACGACUAUCACUUCCAACUCCGGAUCCACGACGGUCACUGCGGCGAGACGAAACAGGGUUGUUGCGCCACCUCCAGCAGCAUAUGUCAGCGCGCCUGGCCCUGACUUGGCUGCCAACGGGAGCGGUCAACCCAGAGGUAAGAUGCUGUACCCCUAUGAAGCCAGAGACGAGGGCGAAAUAUCUCUUCCAGAGGGCGCGGAAGUGAAGAUAGUGGAACCUGACGACGGUGGCUGGACCAAAGUCCACGCUGGCUUGGGCAAAGAAGGCCUGGUGCCCACAGCUUACCUGGAAGAACUGCCCACUGCGGCGAGUACGCCCGCGCAAGAGCGCCCACCAUCAUUAUAUUCCAACUCGAGUGCCUCCCUGGCAUCGUCCAACCUGGCUGGCGGGAGCAAAAAGAAGCAAGGUCCAGCAGUGGCGCCCAAACGAGGAGCGAAGAAGGUCAAAUAUGUCGAAGCUCUCUAUCCUUACACUGCGCAGAGUGACGCCGAGUUCGACAUGGCGGAGGGGGAGAAAUUUAUCCUGAUCAGUAUGGGCACCGGAGAUGGGUGGGCGGAUGUGGAGAAGAAUGGCGAGACCAGAAGUGUUCCCGCCAACUAUAUCCAGGAGGUCUAG